AUGUAUCCAUUCGGCUCGGGACCUUCGCCCGGUCCAUACGGGUCGGGGGGUGACUAUAAUCCCAGGACGGCAGAGUCCCUGGAAGGAGAGAUAGCCCUCUUGCGCAGCCUUCUCGCUUUGCAGACAUCUUCUUCUAGCAGCUCCGAUUGGAUCUCCGAUUGGGAACGCACGCGGUCGCCCAGACCUGGCCUGAACUCUUUCGGAUCGCCGUACAGGCUCCCGCAGAGACCUUUCAAUGCCCCGUUGCGUUACUGUGCACGUACGCAUCGCAAUCCUAGGGGACUAGAAGUGCCCGAGAACACUCUGCCGCAUGGUGUACCUCCUCCUCCACAACCGGCUGCCUAUCGACAGGCACCGUCUCUCAUGAGACAGGAAUCUGCAAGAAACUGGACAGAGAUUCUGAGAUCCUCAAACAUAGCUCGACAGGACUCGCCUCCUAUCUAUCCCACAAUUGGCCCUUUUGCCAGUCAGUUGCCCAAUGUUUUUACGGAUAGGCUGCCUGUCUUUGACAUGACUGGUGCUUUCUCUGGCACGCUGCCUGAGACUUACACACGCAGACAGGCACUGUCUUCUUUUUCGACGGAAGGCGGCAACAUAGAUUAUUGUCCUGCUAAAUCGGGCCUUGCCAAGUCGGCUCCGGCCGAAGCUUCCUCGAGACAUAGCACAGUCCUCGACAUGAAUGAUAUGAACGAGGCUCAUCUUCCGAAAGAGCUUCGAUCUUUGCGGGACGCAGCUAGAAAUGCCGGCAUUCGUGUCGGUUUGAAGAAUGAAACUCCUGACCAAAGUGGCCGCUCAUCUCCGCUUUCGGGAAAGAACAAAAGCGUGCUUGACCCAUCGUCGUCACCGUUCAAACCAACAAACACGGCUCCGGGUAAAGCCAAUAUGGUAGCCAAGGCUAGUGCCGGAGUUCUUCAUGCUGCCGAAAAUCAUAUUUCAGGCGAGGUCGAUGCGCGUCGCUUUGCGACCCCUAGCCCUCUUCGAAAUGUCAUGUCCUUCAGUGAUGCUCCUCUGGAUGGCAUAAUUUCGGAAAAUGCCAGUGGCUCCAUUGAAAAUUUCGAGGCAGGUCGUUAUGCAUCGUUUUUCCCGGCUGCGUCUACAACCACUCUUGAUGUCUACAAGGCCCACUCGGAGACUCCUUACAACAUGGCCGGCUCUGGGUCGGAUCCCGUUGAGUCUUCUCGUGCAAACGAAGCUAGAACCUGUCUUUCUGCUGAAAGCUCCCAGGAAGAAGAUCAUGAUGAUGACGACCAAGAAGACUGCCAGUAUUUCUUGCCUCCCGGGAGUCCUAUCCUAGACUGCAACGACAGCCCGAAUGUUUCCAUGUCUGAUGCGGACGUUUCUCUUUCCCUGUCGAAACUUUCGGUUUUGCCACCUUCGAUGCGUCUGGGUCUGCACCCUCGGGUUGCUCUGACUAUGGCCAGUACUCCUGCAGCGCCCGAGGUGGCCAGAGUGUAUCAAGACCUCACCCCCGAACUGCCAACCAUUUGGGACAGUCGGGAUGACACUGCUUAUCGUGCCGGUAUAGCAAGAGAUGCGAGGAAUAGAGCAUUUAACACAUUCGGAGGACUCAACAGCAACGCAACACAGUAUGGAACGGCCAGCCAUUCCAGUGGCGGCUAUGGGAAUCAAGCCGAUGCUGGAGGCUCUACUUCUCAUGUGCCCACUGCUGUCGGUACGGGCCUGCAAGAUACCGGUCAUGCCAAUAUGAGUUCCGGUUUUGAUCAUACGGUAACAUACCGCACUAGAGGCACUAACUCCAAUGAAAACAAUGCUAGCUACCACCAGGAUCUAUCAGUGGUUCCUAUGUCUAUGCGUCUGCCGGACGAAGUUCAGAGCACUCACAAUCCCGACCUUGUUCCUGGUCGCGAGCUGGAAUCAGAGAUUGACCCUGAAGAUCAGGCUCUUCCGGCCUCUGAAUUCCCCGCAGCUCGGUACUAUACACCGAACGAGGUUGACGGGGGAAGCAACUUGGGCCCGAACAUCUCGGGUCCUAACGCAACCUCUGGAAGACUCGCCCCGUUCAGUACUAUUCCUACAGCGACAUCGGGGCGUGGCAACGGCGAGCGUCAGACAGCAUUCUCGACUGUAGCGACCUUUGCUGCUCAAGCACAAGAACCCACUGCCGCGGUGCCGAUCCCCAUCCCAGUCCCUAACCCUCGUGCGCACGGUAUGGGCCAUGUUGUCGACCAUGCGCCCCGACAGCAUGUGGAAAACUGGCAAUACAUGGGAAUACCUGGACGAUACGCUGAGUUCAUCAGGGCACGCAACGAGAUGAGGGCCCAAGCCUUGAACUCCGGCACCAAUACUUGGCUGCCUACAGGAAACGAGGAGGGACAAUCUGGGCUUCACGAGGUAACAGCUUCUAGCGACGCCCUGAGGCCGAUCGGGCACGGGAGACCACGGCCUCGAUCUUCUGAGGGACAAGAUUCGCGACCUGUCUCACCUCAGUCAUCCGUCAGCUCCGGCGAGUUCAUGGUUUUCAAGUUCGACCCCUAA